AUGGCUUUCCAGCAACCUCAGGCUUGGCCAUUAGGACAGCAGACCGACGCCCUACCCUCCGACGACAAUCCGCCGCCGCCGCCUGUCCAUCGCACCCCCGUAGGCAUGCCUCAGCAGCGACAGUAUACCGACCCUAAUAACUACUCCGACUACUCAACCCCAGGCGUCACUCCGGGUUCAGACAACAUGGGCGAGACAGCCGCUGGCGGCGGUAUCAACGGCAUCGCCAACGGCGUCGCUUCCAACCACCCACGCGAGAGCGGCAUGCAGGCGGCUCGAGGCAUGGCAGGUCCAGGACGACCCAUGGGCGUACCAAACAGGAGCUCGCAGUCAUCACCCUUCAACGACCCGAAUGGCCACGACCAGCCGAUGAUACCCCGCCCAAUGUACUCGCAACGCUCUUACGGCUCAGGCGCACCACUGGCCGCUGGCAUGUACUCGAGUGACAGCUCCAUGUACAGCAUGCCUCACUCUGCGCACAGCGGCGUUCCCUACGCCGACACGCCCUACAACCGCUACUCUUCUUCCGCCCAGAACCUCGCGCCGCAGAUGGGCCAGAUCAACCCAAACGAAGUCGACAACGAUGACGACUGGGGAAUGGGCCCAGACCACAACUCCCCACAGAACAAGCGACGCUCUUUUGUGCCAUUCGGUGGCUCGCGCGACGGCAGCAGUCGCAAUGGCUCACCAGGAUCAUCAAUAAACAACGGGGCUGUUGCUGGUGCUGCAGGCGCUGGUGCCUUUGCUGCGUCGCGGGACGGUACCAAGUACGACGCCGUGCCCAUGGUCAAUGGAAGUGGAGAGCUCAUGCCUGAAAAGAUUGCAAGUUGGAAAGCAGAAGACGAUUUGAAGAAGAGGAAGAAGAGAAUGUGGAUCGCCAUUGCCAUCAUCACUCUCAUUCUCGCAGGUGCAAUUCUUGGUGGUGUCUUGGGUGCUACUGUCGGCAAGGGCGGAGGGAAGGACUCCAGCAAAGCCACAGCGGAGCAAUCUGCUAAUGAUAUCGCCAAAGACAACAAGGACGAUCUUGGCAAGGACUCUGAUGAGAUCAAGGCCCUGAUGAACAACGCCGAUCUGCACAAGGUGUUCCCAGGCAUGGACUACACUCCAUUAAACACACAGUACCCCGACUGCCUCCACGUCGGGCCAUCACAAAACAACAUCACCCGAGACUUGGCCGUCAUGUCACAAUUGACUAACUCAGUCCGCUUGUAUGGUACCGACUGCAACCAGACCCAGAUGCUCAUCCAUGCUAUCAACCGCUUGGAAAUCAAGGACACCAUGAAGAUUUGGCUCGGUGUUUGGCUCGACAAGAACGAUACUACUACUGAGCGACAGAUUUCCCAAACGUGGGACAUCCUCGACGACUACGGCUGCGACUACUUCAAGGGUAUCAUCAUUGGUAACGAGGUACUUUACCGCAAAGAUCUGUCGGAAACCGAGCUGCUUGGACACAUUACCGACUUCCGCAAGAACAUCUCGGACCAUAGCUGCCAACUGCCUGUCGCAAUGGCCGAUCUGGGUGACAACUGGACUGCAGACAUGGCUACCAAGGUUGACAUUGUCAUGUCCAACGUUCAUCCCUUCUUCGCCGGUGUCGACGUCAAGGAGGCGGCUGCCUGGACCUGGAACUUCUGGCAAACCCAUGAUGUGUCUCUCACCGCAACCCAGAACGACAUUCACCAGGUCAUUGCAGAGGUCGGUUGGCCAUCUGGAGGUGGCACUGACUGUGGUGCGGCCGACACUUGCACCGGAGGAUCUGUUGCUGGAGUUGAUGAGAUGAACCAAUUUAUGGAAGACUGGGUAUGCCCAAGUCUGGCAAAUGGAACAGAGUAUUUCUGGUUCUCAGCAUUUGACGAGCCAUGGAAGAUCCAGUACAACGAAAAAGGCAAAGAGUGGGAAGACAAAUGGGGUCUCAUGGACGUCAACCGCAACCUCAAGCCCGGCCUCAAGAUCCCCGAUUGCGGCGGCAAAUCUUUGCCCUCGACGUACGACAACUAG